CACACCCUGGGAUGGCCGCGCUGCGAACCCCUGUGACCAAAGGCGAGUGGCCCCCACACCGAUGGCCUCUAACAAGGUGUGGGAGGUCCAGGCAAUCGGGGAUCUGGGCGUAGUGACUUUGGGCCUGUUCCCCUCCUGGGACGCGGCGGGUUCACACGGUGCUGGGUGCUGGGUGCAGGUGACCCAGGCAGCCGCCUGUGCUGCAGCACCGUGAGGGGUGACGGGCCCUUCGCUGUGGUCAGGAGACUGCGCCCCGUCCUGACUCCUCCUGGACAAGCCCCUUCGCCUCCGGGCCUGUUUCCUCGUCUGUGAAAGGGGGAUGCCCUCCGAGGACCAGGCCGGGCACCUGCGCACCUGCUGCCUUAGACACGGGCUCAGAGACCGCGAGGCCUUCCCGAGGCCGGGAGAGGCGCUGGGGCUGGACGAGCAGAAGGACCCGAGGACUCAGACGCAGAAGAGGGCGCAGUGGGAGCCGGCAUCUCCGUCCUGGUUCUCAGCGCUGACCCUCCGCCCAGGACGCUGGCUCGGCGGCCUCCCUAACCUGCUGGCGCAAAGAGCACUGGGCUUGGUGCUGGGACACCCCUUCGACACUGUGAAGGUGCGGCUACAGACCCAGAACACCUACCGAGGCAUCAUCGACUGUACGGUCAAGACUUACCGCCAUGAGUCGAUCCUGGGCUUCUUCAAGGGCAUGAGCUUCCCCAUCGCCAGCAUAGCCGUGGUCAACUCGGUCCUGUUCGGGGUCUACAGCAACACCCUGCUGGUGCUCACGGCCACCUCCCACCACGAGCGGCGCCUCCAGCCGCCCAGCUACACGCACGUCUUCGUAGCCGGCUGCACCGGGGGCUUCCUCCAGGCCUACUGCUUGGCCCCUUUUGACCUCAUCAAAGUUCGGCUACAAAACCAGACAGAGCCAAGGGCGCGGCAGGGGGGCCCCCCACCCCGGUACCGGGGGCCGGUGCACUGUGCGGCCUCCAUCUUCCAGGAGGAGGGGCCGCGGGGGCUGUUCCGGGGAGCCUGGGCUCUGACGCUGAGGGACACCCCCACACUGGGAAUCUACUUCGUCAGCUACGAAUGGCUCUGUCGCCAAGUCACGCCAGACGGCCAGAACCCCAGCUCGACCACAGUGCUGGUGGCAGGGGGCUUUGCAGGCAUCACCUCCUGGGUGACGGCCACCCCCUUGGACGUGAUCAAGUCGCGGAUGCAGAUGGCCGGGCUGGGGCAAAGGGAGUACCAGGGGCUGCUGGACUGCAUGGUGAGCAGCGCCCGGCAGGAGGGCCUGGGGGUCUUCUUCCGGGGGCUGACCAUCAACAGUGCCCGCGCCUUUCCUGUCAACGCCGUCACCUUCCUCAGCUACGAGUACCUCCUCCACUUGUGGGGAUGAGGCUGCACAGGCGCUGCCCGCAGCUCCCCAGGUGGGACGGACCGCCACCCACCGGCCCAGGUCGGAGGCCAAGUGGAAAGCACCAGGUUGAGAUUUCAAUGCGAGAGUCUCAGCCUUCCUGUCGAGGCACCUCCCGGCCUGGAAGGUGCAGAUGGGGCUGGGGAGGUGGUGAGGAGCAGGCCCGCCCCCGUCCUGAUUCCUUCGUAAACAGCUACCUUAAGCGGUGGUGCUGGAGACAUCCCGGCCACCCUGUGACUUUACCCUCCACCUGCCUGGCUGCUAACUCUCCCCUGGAUUCCAGGGCGGCGCCCUCAGCCGCCUCCCACCCCAUCUCCUUUCCCACCUCUCCCCCGUGACUCAAGUGUGGCCUUUACACCUCCUGCUGUCACAUCCUUCAGCGACUCCCACCCCCUCCAGGGAAAAGCCCGAACUCCACCCCUCCUGAUGGGGCACCUCCCUCCGCCAGCUCCCUCUCCCUCAGCAGCUUGGGCAGCCUAGCCCUGCCCCAGCACAAGCUGUGCCCCUCAUCACCCCCAGCCUGGAAGGUCUAGUCCAGUGAUGGCGAACCUAUGACACGCAUGUCAGAGGUGACACGCUAACUCAUUUUUUUGGUUGAUUUUUCUUUAUUA